AUGGGGUACACUACGUAUAAUUAUAUUCCACAGGCAGAAGUGGACACGGAAGCAAUUCCUGUUUCAACUUCUUCCUAUUUCUUCUAUCAGACAGAAAUACAGACUUACAAUAAUGAAAAUUCAAAUAUUGUGGGUACCUACGCGAAAACGCCUAAAACAACGACGUCGAACAUUAGAUCAACAUUUACCUGCACAAAUCUAAUCCAAACUAUAAAAAUCAAUAAAAGAUGCGAUAAACACUUAGACUGUGAGGACGGAACUGAUGAAGAAGACUGUACAUGCAGAGAUUAUCUGUUGAAUUUCCACCCCACGGCAAUUUGCGGUGGACAUCUGGAUUGCGAUGAUGAAACGGACGAAAAAUAUUGUGGUAUGUGCAACAAUAACAAGUUUCGUUGCAGUAGGAGUGGAGGUUGCAUCCCGAUGACGGAAAGGUGUGACGGAAAUUUCGAUUGCUCUUUAAGGGAGGACGAGCUUGACUGCAUUGCAUUGACAAACGGGGAAUACGUUAAUGUGGAUAGCGAUAAUUGGUCCGCUUUAAACACGGAAGGUUUACUGAAUAGAUAUUAUAACGAUACAUGGCAUCAGCAGCGCCGAUUCGCAUGUGGUCCGAGAAACGGAAAUUAUACCUACCUGUGGCCGUGGCUGGCAGCCAUAUUCGUCGACGGUCGUUAUCACUGCUCGGCCUUACUCUUAGAGUCAGACUGGCUCUUGUCCAGUUCGAGCUGCACGGAAAAUAUCAGAUUAUCAGUGAAUUAUACGACGGCUCUGCUCGGCCAAAGUCGCUCGUUUCUUUACGUGGACGGACCUCAUCAACAGAUAUCGGUCGUUGACGAAAUCAGGGAUGUGAAAAGAACAAAUGUCUCGUUGCUUCACUUGAAAACUGCAGUAAAUCAUACACGUUACGUGCAACCGCUGUUUUUAGAGAAGAAAAUAUAUCCACCGGCAAAAGAUGAUUUAUGUGUAGCAAUCGGUACAGACAACGAACGUGUGACACGAUCGAACAAUGGAACUUCUUCGAAUUGGAGCGGCACAGUGUUUUGUCGCAGCAAGAAAGGAUGGUAUCUCGUGGCUGCGUUUCAAGAAAAAGACGGUCCGUGCAGCUUCAGAAGCACGCGGAACUUGAUAAGCAUUGAUUACAUCCAUGCUUAUCUUACGCAAGCUUUGGAGGAAGUGUCGGAAUCAACGCCUGAAGCCGCAUGUGACGGUGUUCGAUGCAACCAUGGACAAUGCAUCUCUUGGAAUCAGGUAUGCGACGGUGUGAUGGAUUGCCGAGACGGUGCGGAUGAGAAGAAUGGGAUGUGUUUACAAAUGCAACAAAUUAGAAGAAGAAACGAGACCAACAAUAAAUGCGCAAAGUCAGAAAUACGAUGCAGAAAUGGUGAAUGUAUCUCAAAGAGUGCAUUUUGCGAUGGAAAAGUGGAUUGCUCGAACGGAGCGGAUGAGCCUGUAAUAUGUAGCUGCGCAGAAUAUUUAAAACUAACUACGCCAGAACGAUUGUGUGACGGAGUACGACAUUGUCUCGAUAAAACGGAUGAAUCGCCAGAAGAAUGUCAAUGCACCAAUGCCAGUUUCAAAUGCAACAGAGAGAGCAAAAAUUUUACUUGCAUCUCGCAAGAUUUCGUGUGCGAUGGCGACAAUGAUUGUCCGAAUGGUGAAGACGAAACGGAUUGCACAAGGAUACAACAACUCACAGAUAGAUCUGCUGCAGGCAAAGUAAUGCAACGUUCCUACGGCGUAUGGCACACUCUAUGUUAUCCGUCAGAAGUGACGUCACAGGAGGAGGCAGUAAACGUGUGUAAAAACAGCGGUUACAUGAAUGGAAUUAUCGAUUACAAGUAUCAAUCGCUUAAUCAGGCUGUUGUUCCAUCUCGCGAUGAUUUUUAUAUGAUACGAUUAAAUUCGGACACGUGGAUAACCAUGCGUGAUGAUAAACCGCUUAUAACUUUGGUCCGGCCAGAGAAACCCUGCUAUCGUCUCUUUAUCAAGUGCAGCAAUUAG